GUCGCUUCCGAGCAGUAUUCCUGCGAUGACACAUCCAGAGAAAAACAUUGGAAUCAUUCUGUGUGAUGCUGAUGACAGAAAACACAAGAAGGAUACAGGCUAUAUUUGCGAAGAAAACUGAAUGCACAGCUUUCAAAGUGUCCAACAUCAAUCAUAUACGGAUGAAAUCCGAAUAAGUCGUGUUGUUUGGAGGUCGACAAUGGGGUAAGUAUACCUGUCUAGGAAUGUUAGCAAGCAGGCGAGCUAGCUAGCUAAGCUAACGACUGUUUUGCUAGCAAGCUGGCUAUUAAUAUUUACAUUGAUUUUAGUUUUCGUAGCUAACAUUGUUGAUACCAUUGCAGUGUAUAGUUGCUGGCUGCCUGUCUCAUGCAAGUCUUCCAAUGUUUUAAAAGUCUGACCCUUCGUGCGUGUCACCCUUUCGUUUUGUAGGUAACGUUGGCUAACUAGCUAAUUGAGAUGCUAUUAAAUUACUAGCUAGAGGGGUUAUGUCAUAAACCCUCGGAAGUUCCUGAAUGGGGUGAUAUGGCAGCCAUGUUGGUCAGGGAGAAAUCCAAACCUGUCUAAAUGGAAUAGAUAUAUAUUUAUUUAACUAGGCAAGAAUAAACGGCAGUAGAGGAAUACUUCUGAUUUUAGUUAUGCAGGAAAAUAAAAGUAAGGCAUGUGUUUAAUAGAAUUGUCAACCUAAAAUAUUGUCAUAUAAUUAUAUGGGUUUUAUACACAUUUUCUGUAUAAAUAGCAGAGUUGUGGACUUGCGUCACAUGACUUGGACUCAAGUCUGACUCAAGUCACACAUUUGAUGACUUGAGACUCGACUUGAUAGAAAAUAAAGUAACUUGAGACUUGACUUGGAGCCUCAAGACUCGGGAGUCGACUUUCCCCUGAGAUUGAUGUCCAGGUUUUGUCACUCAUUUUGUGGCACAGAGUAUACGUGGAUUGAUUACUAUACACGUAGCCAGAGAUGGUAGCCGCAGCAUCGCCCUUGCAAAAAACCUGCAACAGAUUGGCUAGUGAAACGCACACUCGCCACUCUGAUUGGACCAGCAAACUGUCAUUCAACACAGGUCGGGUGAGCUAGCGAAGAGAUUGCUGAUUUGUGACAACUAUAAGAUUGAGUGCAGCGCAAACGUCAAAUUGUAGGAAGAGAUGAUUGCCAUAAUAAAUACAUAUGCAGCUCCAAAAAUUGUUUGGUGAACAAGAAUAUUAACUGUUUACUUUGUAAGCUCACCAGCAAUGGGGCAACAAUUACUAGCAUAGGUCUACUGGUCUUCUGGUAUGUAACAAUUGCUUGAAAUUGUUAAUUUACUUAUGAAGUUUGCAUUUUGAAUUUGUUGUUAAAAUGAAUUAUUACUGUGGCGAAGACGCACCGACAUGCUGACCACACAGCUCGCGUUACUUGCUCGAGCAUUGGCAAAAUAAAUGUACACAUACAUGUUAUUCAAUCAUUGCAUCUAAACUGCUCGUGCGCGUCAACAAGCAUCUGCGUAGCCAGGCGCUAGAAUAGAAUUUGGUUCUAUUUGUGACACUUGAUGCGCUGCAAGUCCCGCCUCUCCCAUCUCCUCAUUGGUUUUUAGGAGCGCAUACCCACAUGGGUGAUUGAAAGAUGAACUGAGGUCCACACUCCAGUCCAGUUGGUGGUGGUAAUGCACCUUAAAGUUGGUUGCCAACCGCCAUAUAAAGUCAGAAGAAGAAGCCUGAAGGAGGAGAGAUUACUAGAAACUAACUCGGUUUACCCUUUUAUCUGUGGAUGAAUUGUCGGAGUAGAGGACCUUCUGCAUUUCAGGUAAAAUAACAACCCAAUGUUUAUAUCCCAGGACAAAUGAGCUAGCAACAGCAAGCUAGCUAGCUAAAUUGCCAUACAUGUUUAAUGGUUUUCGACCUGUCCCGAAGUUAAUAUAGUUGGUUCAGAGUUCAUUUUGAUAUUUCAACCUGCAUGUCCUGAUCGCGUUUGGUGUGGAUGGACAAAAUCAACAUGCGCGUGCGGUCUGGUCAGCAUGUCACAGGGGGAGGCUGUACAGUCUUGCCCUUUACUUGUGUCCAUUCAGAUAGGACCGGUUAAGCAUGAUACAGAGGCUAUUUGUUUUGGGCUAUUGCCGGUGAAUAUUUGGUAAAUCUACUUGUAUAUUUUGUAUGAUAUGGCGCUUUCACCAUUGGAUCACCAAGACCUGUAAAUAAAUCUACACUCUGAGCACGUCAAACUGCCUUGCCUUCUGCUGAUUUCAUGCCCUUACGACUUCUACAAGGUCCCUGUUUUACAAUUACAUAGUCUAAUCAAAAUGUGUUGUAGACAAAAUAAUGAAAAGGGCUGUCUGGUAAUGAACUGUCCUGAAUAUAUAGACAAAGAUUUGUAGUUGAACAAGGCGUUGCAUGUAUAGAUUUUAUUUUUUUACUUGACUGGACUUUACUUUCUCUUAGAAUGCACGACUUGGACUUGACUUGAGGCUUGACCCGUUCUACUUGGGACUCGACUUGAGACUCGGACCUUGUGACUUGACACUUGCUUGUGACUCGAAUAAUAGUGACUUGGUCCCACCUCUGACAAAUAGGCUCUAAAAUGCAUGUAAAAAAAAAAAAAAGUGUUUGAGGAUAUGUUUAGGCUAUAAACAAGUCAAAGCAAAAACAGUGACAACCCCCUCAACUAGUGCUUUUAAUGGGAGUCUUGCUUGUUUUCAGACUGUGUAGUGGCUCAUCUGAGCUGAUCAUGCAGCUCUGAUGACUGCUACGGUUAUGUGUCUAUGAUAAUGCAUACUAGAUGUGUCAAUAUCUGAUCCCUACAAGACAUCAUAACAUGGCAGAUCAACCAUGCCGGAGUAGCAAAAUAACCACUCUGUCCUUGAGGGAGUGUCAAGUGAGACCCCUUUCUCUUUCUCAUGAGGCUUGGCUUGGUGGUAGGUAGCCUAGACCAUGUGUCUCAUCCUUCUGGUUCACGACUGUUUGCCCAUGUGUUGUGUGUCUUCCACAGAUGUAGCUGGUGAGAUGGAAUAUCAUGAGAGACCUGCUUCUUUUCGCCAAGCCCGCCUCAACCCCUUUGAUCGGGGGGAGGAGGAGGACGGCCCCCCAGGGGGUAAAACCCCUCCUCGAGAUGGUGAGUGUGACUGGCGGGUUGGGUAGUAGCCUAGUUCAUUGAUGGGUCACAGUAUACAUGUGUAAUAGAACGUGAAAUGUAUUAACACCAGUGCUGAAUGUGAUUGCCAUGUGAUGAGAAGAGUUUGCAGAGGCAGAUUCUGUGUGUUUUACUCAUCUCAGCAAAGGCAUGGAGAAUGGAUAGGCCGACAACCUGAUGACACUGCUGCAGUCUCUUAUUGCGUCCUCAUGAGUAUGAAGAUGGAGUAGUGCAGUAACCUGGGGUGAAGUCAGUUCAUGUUGUCUGUGCAGCCAGGCUGCAUCUGCAAGAUUAGAGCUGCAUCCUAUACCAGAGCAAGCUUUGUCUGCAUAACUAUAGUCUGCAAGAGAUGCAACAAUCUAUACAUUUUGAAAUGAUGUGACUGACUGUACAGCUGGACAACAGCAUAGACUGAAAGAGGAAGGCUGCUGUUUUUUCCAUAUCUCUGUUUCUUACUAUCUGAUGUAGUACCACUCUUGCAACAGCCCUAACCAUUAUGAGCUAAUCAACAACAUCAACUGACCCUGGAUCUGUAGCCUAAAGUAAUGAGAGGAACUGAGACAGGAUCAUUAUGUGGUGCUGUGGUUCAGAACGGUUUCUGUAAUCGUAUGCCUACACUUAGCUCAGUUCACUAGAACACUGUCUAGGCUGCAGCUGCAUUUGUCUGCCUCUUCAUCUCUCUCUGGCAGCUAGCAACUCAGGAUAUCCUGUCUCUCACUACCAUGAUGUCAUCUGAGGUGUACGCAGGUACAAACAAUAUGCAGGCCUAGAUAGUGAGAUUGGCUAUGGGUUUACUUGAUACAGGCUAACUUGAGACUGCGCCCUGCUGAAUGUUGUUUAUGUUUGUAAUGAGAUGUUCUGGCUUUAGGCUUAUCAGUUGUUAGACACCCAAAAUGCUUCUUGCUGAUCGUAAACAUCUGUUUGUGAUCUAGGCUAACUGCUGAUGUAAUAGCAUAUGAGAUGUAGCAUCUCUGCAUUUUCGUAAUGUUUUUUUUAAUGAUGAUAGGAGGGGAAACUUGUCCCUCAGGAUCUUUAGGUCUAAUUGAUCUGCUUCUUACUGUGUUGAGGCGUCUGUUCCAGCCAAAAGUAAAAGCUUUGGGAAGCAGCCUUUUAUCAGGGAGCGUUCUUUGGAGAUGUAGAAGCUUAGAGCUUCAAAUAGUUUAGCCCUAAGCCAAUAUCUGGCACUCUGUACCCUGGCACAAAACCACACAAAAUGGCUUAAAGCCUCUCUCUUGUUCCUCUAAGGCUUUAAAUAUUUGAUCAGUUUACAUGCCCCCAGGCCUAUCAGCACUCCCUUUGAUUUAAUGGCUGAAGUGCUGAACUGUGUAUGCUCUGGUGCUGGAGUUGGGAGCCGAGCUAAACCAAGGAUAACUUUUUGUAUCAGAUUGUCAAGAUUGCUUUGAUUUGUGUGAUUAGUCUCAUAAUACAGCAACCCACAUUUGAGUUAGUGUCAGAGAAUAAGGCUUCUAUCUGUCAUUACUUAUCUUUGUACUAUAAUUUUCAAGUUCUUUGUUGUCAAGCCCAAGUAGUUUUAUGAAGAAGAAUAAGAUUAUAUCAGAUUAUUACAGAUCAUGGAUGAUAGCCUUUGUUAAAUCCAAUAGGUGAGGUGUAAAUUGUGGGACCGUAAGCUGAUGUCUGGCCCAUAUCCAUAACCUCAUCCGUACAGUGGGACUGUUAGGUUAAUCAUUUCUGCCUGUUAAUCUUGAGGCUGUAAAGCCUAAGUCUAUUACCUAGCAACCUUUAGCACUUCAAAGGCAGUAGUCCUUUCCUGUUUCCUUCUGGAUUUAAACAGAGCACAUAUUUGGAUAAAAACAGUAUGUUGUGAAUCCUUUAUCUGCCCUGAGGGUGAAACUCCUUUUAGACAAAUGUGUGUUCUGUAAAAGGUUGGUGUGUGUGUGUGUUUAGUCAUGUGUGAGGUUUAAGUGGGCGUGUGAGCUUUACUGAGUGUGUAUAGGCCUUUGUGUGUGAGAGAGGGAGAACAAUGCUUACAGUACUUCUUGUCCGUCUUUCCUCAGAGAUAAGACCUGAGCUCUUCUCCUCUGAGAGCAGAAGCCAGAGUUUGGACCGAGCCAUGGACCUGGGGCUGGCAGAGGACCACUUCUCUCGACCUGUCGUAAGGACAAUCCUUAUACGGCCAUUUUGGAUGUUGGUGAACCACUGACCAUAGUCGGUGUGGUUGCAUGAAAAGUAAUUCUUAGUGAAAACACGACUGUGAUGGAUACACUUGUCUGUCUAUGUGCAGUUUAAAUGGCAAUCAAUAGGUGCUAAUGUAAGAUUUGGUGCCUGUGUCUGUCCGUGCAUGUGUUUUUACUGUAUGUCCCUGUGCAGGGCUCAUUUGUAGCAUCGGACAUUGAGCAGCUGAAGAUGGCCAUAGAGGAGUGUAAGAGACUAAUACUGGAGCUGCCUGAGCACUCAGAGAGACAGAAGGACACUGUGGUCAAACUCAUCCACCUACGCCUCAAACUACAGGAGCUCAAGGUAAGACCAGGGGGGAGGGGAAGAGGGGAGGCUGGAGGGAAGUAUUGACCUACCCAGGGGCCAUGAGUGAAGGGGGUAAGGAAUUGGUCAUUGGAGGUAAAUGGCAAUAAGGUAAUUGUAUCUAUGUAGAAUAUAGUCGACCAACUAAAUACCUGUUUUCAGAGCACUUAUUUGUGAACAUGAACUGUGUAUGCAUGAAAGCCAUUCACAAAUCAUUCACUACCUCAGGAAAUGUCAAUACAAUAUUACUGUGCCUUCAGAAAGUAUUCACACCCCUUUACUUUUUACACAUUUUGUUGUUUUACAGCCUGAAUUAAACAUUUAUUAAAUUAAGAUUUUGUGUCACUGGCCUACACACAAUACCCCAUAAUGUGAAAGUGGAAUUAUGUUUUUAUUAAUUUUUACAAAUUAAUAAAAAAUGAAAAGCUGAAAUGUCUUGGGUCAGUAAGUAUUCAACCCCUUUGUUAUGGCAAGCCUAAAUAAGUUCAGGAGUAAACAUUUGCUUAACAAGUCUCAUAAUAAGCUGCAUGAGCAUGAUGAAGUUAUUAAUUACACUUUGGAUGGUGUGACAAUACACUCAGUCACUACAAUGAUACAGGCGUCCUUCCUAACUCAGUUGCCGGAGAGGAAGGAAACCGCCAAUGGUGACUUUAAAACAGUUACAGAGUUUAAUGGCUGUGAUGGGAGUAAACUGAAGAUGGAUCAACAACAUUGUAGUUACUCUACAAUACUAACCUAAUUGACAGAGUGAAAAGAAGGACGCCUGUACAGAAUAAAAUAUAUUCCAAAACAUGCAUCCUGUUUGCAAUAAGGCACUAAAGUAAAACUGCAAAAAAUGUAUACUUAUGUAGAUGAGAUAUUUCUGUAUUCAUUUUCAAUACAUUUGCAAACAUUUCUAAAAACAUGUUUUCACUUUGUCAUUAUGGGGUAUUUAAUCCAUUUUUAAUUCAAGCUGUAACAACAAAAUGUGGAAUAAGUUAAGGGGUAUGAAUACUUUCUGAAGGCACUGUACUUCUUGUUUUGGUCUUCGUGUCCAUGUUUCCUCAUUUUAUGGCAGUCUCUCACUGUGGUUGUGUCACGUCUAACUUAAAAAAGAACAUGUGAAACCACCCUUUUAGCUCAUGCAGUCUCUGGAUUCUGCUGGGAUUGCCUGAAUUGCUUUCAACAUAUAUGGGUUGUUUUGGUGUCAUUCACACACUGGGAGAAAGAGUGGGUUGAAAGUGCUGCAGUGAACUCGUCCAGUUGAUUAAUAACAGAUACUGUAGUGUAGUUCUCUGACACAAUGCUGUGCUCUUGUGCUGCAUUCUGAUUGGCUCUGCUCCUUGUCACGCAACAGGACCCUGAGGAGGAUGAGCCAAACCUGAGGGUGCUAUUGGAGCAUCGUUUCUCCAAGGAGAAGAGUAAGAGUGUGAAACAGACGUGUGACAAGUGCAGCACUAUCAUCUGGGGCCUCAUCCAGACCUGGUACACCUGCACAGGUAAGAGUGCAUUAAAACUAAGCCAAAUGUUCUCAGUGGUAAAACCUAAUGGACACUGAACGGUUAUAGCUGUAUGGCUGAACUUGGGUAAACAUAUGAAAGAGAGAGCAUUGCUAAGCAACCAAAACUGAAUAGCGUUCAGUUGCUAGGCAACACUGCCCUCCUGUGGCCUUCUAUUGGUCGACGUUGGCCCUGAAUGAUGAAUUGAGUUGGAGAGAAAAAUUGAAUGAAUUGGUGUAAAGUAUGGCCAACUUUCUCUAAAGAAUCUUAAGUCACAUAUUGAAUUUUAAAAGGGUAGUUAGCUGUUGACUAAUGUCUCUGUUCCCCUGUCCCUCUCGCAGGUUGUUACUACCGUUGCCAUAGCAAGUGCUUGAACCUCAUCAACAAGCCCUGUGUGAGGUCAAAGGUCAGCCACCAGUCGGCGUACGAGCUCAGCAUCUGCCCAGAGAUCGGGCUGGACCGGCAGGACUACCGCUGUGCCGAGUGCCGCACGCCUGUGUCACUAAGUGAGUGUUCAGCUUUUAAUAUACCGACUUGAUAGCCAAUUAGCAGUCAGCACAAAUUGAAAUCUCUAUAUAUAUAUAUAGUUGUUUUUUUUUCACCUUUAUUUAACCAGGUAAGCCAGUUGAGAACAAGUUCUCAUUUACAACUGCGACCUGGCCAAUAUAAAGCAAAGCAGUGCGAUAAAAACAACAACAACACAGAGUUACAUAUGGGGAUAAACAAAACGUACAGUCAAUAACACAAUAGAAAAUAGAAAAUCUAUAUACAGUGUGUGCAAAUGUAGUAAGUUAUGGAGGUAAGGCAAUAAAUAGGCCAUAGUGCAAAAUAAUUACAAUUUAGUAUUAACACUGGAGUGAUAGAUGUGCAAGAGAUGAUGUGCAAAUAGAAAUACUGGGGUGCAAAUGAGCAAAAUAAAUAACAAUGUAAAUAACAAUAUGGGGAUGAGGUAGUUGGUUGGGCUAAUUACAGAUGGGCUGUGUACAGGUGCAGUGAUCGGUAAGCUGAUCUGACAACUGAUGCUUAAAGUUAGUGAGGGAGAUCAGAGUCUCCAGCUUCAGAGAUUUUUGCAGUUCGUUCCAGUCAUUGGCAGCAGAGAACUGGAAGGAAUGGCAGCCAAAGGAGGUGUUGGCUUUGGGGAUGACUAGUGAGAUAUACCUGCUGGAGCGCAUAUUAGGGGUGGGUGUUGCUAUGGUGACCAAUGAGCUAAGAUAAGGCAGGGAUUUGCCUAGCAGUGAUUUAUAGAUGACCUGGAGCCAGUGGGUUUGGCGACGAAUAUGUAGUGAGGGCCAGCCAACGAGAGCGUACAGGUCACAAUGGUGGGUAGUAUAUGGGGCUUUGGUGACAAAACGGAUGGCACUGUGAUAGACUACAUCCGAUUUGCUGAGUAGAGUGUUGGAGGCUAUUUUGUAAAUGACAUCGCCGAAGUCAAGGAUCGGUAGGAUAUUCCGUUUUACGAGGGCAUGUUUGGCAGCAUGAGUGAAGGAGGCUUUGUUGCGAAAUAGGAAGCCGAUUCUAGAUUCAACUUUGGAUUGGAGAUGCUUAAUGUGAGUCUGGAAGGAGAGUUUACGGUCUAACCAGACACCUAGGUAUUUGUAGUUGUCCACAUAUUCUAAGUCAUACCUGCCGAGAGUAGUGAUUCUAGUCGGGCGGGCGGGUGCAAGCAGCGUUCGAUUGAAGAGCAUGCAUUUAGUUUUACUAGCGUUUAAGAGCAGUUGGAGGCUACGGAAGGAGUGCUUGGGUCAUGUUCAGUUUGAACAUUUUAGUCAAUUAGCAGACGCUCUUAUCCAGAGCGACUUACAGUUAUUGAGUGCAUACAUUUUUCAUACUGGCACCCCGUGGGAAUCGAACCCACAACCCUGGCGUUGCAAGCGCCAUGCUCUACCAACUGAGCUACAAGGAGGCCACUGAUGUAUGUAUUGGCAUUGAAGCUCGUUUGGAGGUUUGUUAACACAGUGUCCAAUGAAGGGGCCAGAUGUAUACAAAAUGGUGUUGUCUGCGUAGAGGUGGAUCUGGGGGUCACCAGCAGCAAGAACGACAUUAUUGAUAUACACAGAGAAUAGAGUCGGCCCGAGAAUUGAACCCUGUGGCACCCCCAUAGAGACUGCCAGAGGUCCAGACAACAGGCCCUCCGAUUUGACACAUUGAACUCUAUCUGAGAAGUAGUUGGUGAACCAGGCGAGGCAGUCAUUUGAGAAACUAAGGCUAUUUAGUCUGCCAAUAAUAAUGCGGUGAUUGACAGAGUCGAAAGCCUUGGCCAGGUCGAUGAAGACGGCUGCACAGUACUGUCUUUUAUCGAUCGGGGUUAUAAUAUCGUUUAGGACAGGGGUGUCAAACUCAUUUUAGCUCAGGGGCCACAUGGAGGAAAAUCUAUUCCCAAGUGGGCCGGACCGGAAAAAUCAUGGUAUAUAUAACUUAAAAACAACAACUUCAGAUUGUUUUCUUUGUUUUAAUACGAUCAGCAUACAACAUAAAGCUGGAGCCUGAGGACAGUGUGUCCAAAAUAGUACAAGCACAACAUCACUAUUAAUCAUAAAACACGUCAAGUUUAUUUGAAAAUUCUAAAGAAAAAGAACACACAAACACACAAUGCCUCAGUGAUUAACAGAACUGUUUCACAGAUCACAGAACUAUAUCAGGGUGUCAUUUCUCAGGCAGAUAUGUAGAUAAAAAUAAUGAAAUCCUGUUCCCCAAACAAGUGCAAGAACCACAGAGUCAAGAAUAGGUUAAAUAUACAAAUAAAAUAAAAUCAAUUAAAAACAAUAGCACAUCAACAUAAAAACAUAUAAACAUAAAGCUGGAGCCUGAGGACAGUGUCCAAAAGCACAACAUCACUAUUAAUCAUAAAACACCUCAAGUUAUUUGAAAGUUCUGAGGACAAAGAACACACAAACACACAAUGCCUCAGUGAUUAACAGAACUGUUUCACAGAUCACAGAACUAUAUCAGGGUGUCAUUUCUCAGGCAGAUAUGUAGAUAAAAAUAAUGAAAUCCUGUUCCCCAAACAAGUGCAAGAACCACAGAGUCAAGAAUAGGUUAAAUAUACAAAUAAAAUAAAAUCAAUUAAAAACAAUAGCACAUCAACAUAAAAACAUAUAAACAUAAAGCUGGAGCCUGAGGACAGUGUCCAAAAGCACAACAUCACUAUUAAUCAUAAGACACCUCAAGUUAUUUGAAAGUUCUGAGGACAAAGAACACACAAACACACAAUGCCUCAGUGAUUCACAGAAGUAUAUCACAGAUCACAGAACUAUAUCAGGGUGUCAUUUCUCAGGCAGAAAUGUAGAUAAAAAUAAUGAAAUCCUGUUCCCCAAACAAGUGCAAGAACCACAGAGUCAAGAAUAGGUUAAAUAUACAAAUAAAAUAAAAUCAAUUAAAAACAAUAGCACAUCAACAUAAAAACAUAUAAACAUAAAUCUGAAAGCGUUGCUCAAACUCCCGUAACAGUCCCGUUAUUUUAUCUUUGAACCGCUUCAUGUCUGCCACAUGUUGGGUCGCGCACACAUUUUUCAGACAGGGGAAGUGAGCUGCAUCACCACCGGCAAGUUGCGUCUCCCACAAUGACAGCUUCAACUUGAAAGAACGUAUGCUGUCAUAAUACUGCGUGACAACUUUGUUGCGCCCUUGCAGCUGUUUGUUCAAGUUAUUCAGGUGCUCUGUAACAUCCACCAUAAAUGCAAGGUCCGGCAUCCAUUCUGCGGAAUGAAAUUCUAACACUGGUUUGCCCUUUUCUUCCAUGAACUGUUCAAUUUCUUCUCGUAAAUCAAAGAAACGCCUCAGCACAGCACCUCGGCUUAACCAUCUUACCUCAGUGUGGUAUGGCAGGCCAUAGAUGUGGUCUUUCUCUCUGAGAAGGCUGUCAAACUGACGGUGAUUCAGGCUUCUGGAUCGGAUGAAAUUAACAGUUUGGAUGACCACCUUCAUGACGUUAUCCAUCUUUAAUGACUUGCAACACAAAGCCUCCUGGUGCAAAAUACAGUGAAAAGUCAAAAAAUCACGUCCUCCAUUUGCAGAUUGCACUUUCUCUCUGAACUUUGUCACAACGCCUGCUUUUUUCCCGAUCAUUGAGGGCGCACCAUCUGUAGCCAGGCUGAAAGCGGGACCAGUCCACUCCGACCCUGUCCAGCGCGCCGACGAGUGCGGUAAAAAUAUCAGCUGCUGUCGUUGUAUCUGUCAUCGGCACCAACUCCACGAACUCCUCGGUGACGGUCAAUGUGUCAUCAACUCCGCGGAUGAAAAAAUGGCCAGUUGUGCAACAUCUGUAAUGUCCGUCCUUUCAUCAAUUGCAACCGAAAACGCAAUAAAUGACUUUACUUUUUGCUUCAACUGGCUGUCCAAAUCCACUGAAAGAUCGGAAAUCCUGUCUGCAACUGUGUUUCUUGUCAGGCUGAUAUUUGCAAAAGCCUGCCGCUUUUCAGGGCACACAAUCUCCGCUGCCUUCAUCAUGCAUGUUUUUACAAAUUCACCCUCACUAAAUGGUUUUGAAGCCACUGCGAUUUCAUUAGCAAUGAGGUAGCCUGAACUGCCUUUCGAAAGUAUUUGAAAGCCAAGUUAACAAACAGAUCACCGACCAUUUAUAUAAAAAAAAUUUUUAAUCAUCUCGCGGGCCGGAUUAAACCCGUUUGCGGGCCUGAUCCGGCCCGCGGGCCGUACGUUUGACACCCCUGGUUUAGGACCUUGAGCGUGGCUGAGGUACACCCAUGACCAGCUCGGAAACCAGAUUGCAUAGCGGAGAACGUACGGUGGGAUUCGAAAUGGUCGGUGAUCUGUUUGUUAACUUGGCUUUCAAAUACUUUCGAAAGGCAGUUCAGGAUGGAUAUAGGUCUGUAACAGUUUGAAUCUAGAGUGUCACCCCCUUUGAAGAGGGGGAUGACCGCGGCAGCUUUCCAAUCUCUGGGGAUCUCAGAAGAUACGAAAGAGAGGUUGAACAGGCUAGUAAUAGGGGUUGCGACAAUUUCAUUUUUUACAUUUUAGUCAUUUAGCAGACACUCUUAUCCAGAGCGACUUACAGGAGCAAUUAGGGUUAAGUGCCUUGCUCAAGGGCACAUUGACAGAUUUUCAGUUACUGGCACUACGCUCUUAACCACUAAGCUACCUGCCGCCCCAUUUCGGCAGCUAAUUUUAGAAAGAAAGGGUCCAGAUUGUCUGGCCCAGCUGAUUUGUAGGGGUCCAGAUUUUGCAGCUCUUUCAGAACAUCAGCUGUCUGAAUUUGGGUGAAGGAGAAGCGGGGGAGGGGGGGCAUGGGCAAGUUGCAGCGGAGGGUGCAGAGCUGGUGGCCGGGGUAGGGGUAGCCAGGUGGAAAGCAUGGCCAGCCGAAGCAAAAUGCCCAGCCGGGCAUGAUGUCUAUGGACCAUUGUUGUAUUAUUAACACAAUCACAGUUAUAAAAGCAGUAAGUGUCCUUGAAUGGCUAACCUCUGGGUCAAUGGCCUGUAAAAAGCUGUGUGGACAUUCUUCUCCUCUCACAGACUAAUGUGACUAAACCUACUAUACAAGAUAAACCUGGAGCCCAAUAACUGUUAGUGUUCCUCUGUGGGGAUCUAAAGAGAUUUAGCUAGAGCACUUAGUCAUUCUCAUCCACUCUCUAUGCUAAUAGAACAGAUGGUACUUAACUCAGCCUGCUGAUCUAAUGCACUCACAUCAAGCUUGGAGAGUUAAAUCAGCUUUGAUCGUGUAAUGUGAUAAUGAAAAGUUACCGCAAUCUACUUACUUGCCAGGAUUUUCCUCCCUGGGAGAUGUGUUGAAUAUUCAUCAAAAGCUAUGCUGAGUUGUAUCUCAUUAAGAGUUUAAUCAUGUUAUGGUUAAGAAAAUAUUUGUUCUGUAAUGUGUCAGUGAGUGUUGUGUGUCAGUGUUAGUUGCAUGAUCAGUGAGUUGUGUGUGACACUGUGAGAGUUGUCUCUGAGACCGUUACAUCAGUGAGAGUUGUGUGGGGUGGUGUUAUAAUCGCUCACGGAGCCCCAUGCUGCGCUGUGUUGUGUUGUCCGGUAGGGGGCGUGCCCAGCGAGGCCAGGCAGUGUGACUACACGGGCCAAUACUACUGCAGUACCUGCCACUGGAAUGACACCGCUGUCAUCCCUGCACGCGUCAUCCACAACUGGGAGUUUGAGCCACGCAAGGUACCAAAGAGAGAGAGAGAUGCUAAUAGCACACUGUUUUUCCUUAUCAAUAUAGAUUUUUUUUUUACACAGCUAGGAACUUCAACAAACUCUACAUUAUAUUAUAUGAUAAGCAGCUGGUAAGAGAAUGCACCGCUGUUUCCUUUGGUGACCAUGUAAUGCCUAUUUGCACUCUGUGCAGUCCUAUCUCUAACAGUGUGUCCCCUGCUCUCUGGUCAGGUAUGUCGUUCCUCCAUGCGUUACCUGGCCCUGAUGAUACCCCGGCCUGUACUGAAACUGAGGGAGAUCAACCCACUGCUCUUCAACUUUGUGGAGGAACUAGUGGAGAUCAGGGUGGGUGACAUAUCAGCAACAGGGACUCUGCAUGAAUAGAGUGUACUGAAUGUUUGUGACAUAAAUUCAUUCAAAUGUUUGUCUUUUUGUACAGUUUUGGGGUUUGUCUUGCCCUCCAUUUCCACUCCAUCUAAACUGGGAUUAAGUCUGGUUUUGCUAUAGAACUUAUUUUGGGAGCUCUACCUUCUCUGUAUUACCAAACAGUAGACCAGGCUUUUGUUUUCAGGAGAUUCUCACCAGUCAGCAGUUCUAUUUGUGCCAGUGUGUUUUGUGGUGAGUGAUUAGAAUACUGAGGGAGAUAGACAGCUGUUUCUGUCAGUGGGGAGAUUGUAGGGCCAGAGAAGAAAAACACUUGCUUAUGGUGUAUCAAAAAUAAAAGAAGUAGCUUCUUCAGAUAGUUCCAUGAAAUGAGAAAUAUGGGAUGGGGGGCACAUUCAAAAGCGAUUUCCCAUAGAACAUGUUGUGUCUGACAUUGGCCCAUGGAAUCCAGGUGUGACUGACCGCUAGUGUGUGAAUGUGUUCCUCCCUGCAGAAGCUCCGUCAGGACAUCCUACUGAUGAAGCCCUACUUCAUCACCUGUAAGGAGGCCAUGGAGGCACGGCUACUACUGCAGGUCAGCAACAUCCCCGCAAUAUCAACACAUCAUCUCAACACCCCCACAACAUCAUCCCAACACCCCCACGACAUCAUCAACACAGCCAAAACAUCACAUAAACAUGACACAUUACAAUCUCUGUAUAAAGGACAUUGCAUUUGCGUCCAGUGCCUUGCAUAAUGAUCUUCCAGCAGUAUUGUUAAACAACCCAGAGGAACCUAUUUAUUCUGAGGUCAUGGCUGAAAGUAUGUGCUGCAACAGCGCCACCCUCUGGCCUUUUAAUUAAUAACAAACUGAUCUAAGAAUCAAAUCAAGUUUAAAUUGUCACAUGCUUCGUAAACAACAGAUGUAGACUAAGUGAAAUGCUUACUUACGGGUCCUUCCCAACAAUGCAGAAUACAAUAAAAUAAUAAUAAUAGAAAAAAACUAGUAACAUGAGGAAUAAAUACACAAUGAGCAAUGAUAGCUUGGCUAUAAAUACUGAACAAAGAUAUAAACGCAACAUGUAAAGUGUUGGUCCCAUGUUUCAUGAGCUGAAAUAAAAGAUCCCAGAAAUUGUCCAUAUACACAAAAAGCUUAUUUCUCUCAAAUGUUGUGCACAAAUUUGUUUACAUCCCUGUUAGUGAGCAUUUCUCCUUUGCCAAGAUAAUCCAUCCACCUGACAGGUGUGGCAUAUCAAGAAGCUGAUUAAACAGCAUCAUCAUUACACAGGUGCACCUUGUGCUGGGGACAAUAAAAGGCCACUGUAAAAUGUGCUGUUUUGUCACACAACACAAUGCCACAGAUGUCCAAGUUUUGAGGGAGCGUGCAAUUGGCAUGCUGACAGCAGGAAUGUCCACCAGAGCUGUUGCCAGAGAAUUUAAUGUUAAUUUCUCUACCAUAAGCUGUCGUUUUAGAGAAUUUGGCAGUAUGUCAAACCGGCCUCACAACCGCAGACCACGUGUAACCACGCUAGCCCAGGACCUCCACCUGUGCAAUCAUCUAAGACCAGCCACCCGGACAGCUGAUGAAACUGUGGGUUUGCAAAACUGAAGAAUUUCUGCACAACUGUCAGAAACCAUCUCAGGGAAGCUCAUCUGCAUGCUCAUCGUCCUCACCAGGGUCUUGACCUGAUUGCAGUUCGGCGUCGUAACUGACUUCAGUGGGCAAAUGCUCACCUUCGAUAGCCACUGGCACGCUGGAGAAGUGUGCUCUUCACAGAUGAAUCCCGGUUUCAACUGUACCGGACAGAUGGCUGACUGUGUGUAUGGCGUCGAUUGGGUGAGUGGUUUGCUGGUGGCGGUGGGGUUAUGGUAUGGGAAGGCAUAAGCUACGGACAACGAACACAAUUGCAUUUUAUCUAUGGCAAUUUGAAUGCACAGAGAUACUGUGACGAGAGCCUGACGCCCAUUGUCGUGCCAUUCAUCCACCACCAUCACCUCAUGUUUCAGCAUGAUAAUGCACGGCUCCAUGUUGCAAGGAUCUGUACACAAUUCCUGGAAGCUGAAAAUGUUCCAGUUCUUCCAUGGCCUGCAUACUCAACAGACAUUGAGGAUGUUUGGGAUGCUCUGGAUCGAUGUGUACGACAGCGUGUUCCAGUUCCCACCAAUAUCCAGCGUUUUUGCACAGCCAUUGACUGAUUUCCUUAUGAACUGAAACUCAGUAAAACAUUUGAAAUUGUAAAAUGUUUGGGAUGCUCUGGAUCGAUGUGUACGACAGCGUGUUCCAGUUCCCACCAAUAUCCAGCGUUUUUGCACAGCCAUUGACUGAUUUCCUUAUGAACUGAAACUCAGUAAAACAUUUGAAAUUGUUGCAUUUUGCGUUUAUAUUUUUGUUCAGUAUACAUGGGGUACCAGUACCGAGUCGAUGUUCAAGGGUACGAGGAAAUGGAAGUAGAUAUGUACAUAUAGGUAGGGCUAAUGGUCUUGGUAAUGCGAGGCCAUAUAUAAAUGUCAAGAUAUGUGAAUGAAUGGGUGACCUCGAUGUUGCACAGCUACUGUACAUUCUGACAUGCAUACAGUGAUUUGUAUGUAGAGUUGUGAGCAGUUAUGGUAUAUGAUACAUACAGCACUAGAGGGGAUUAUUCUAGUUCAUAUGCAAAUGUGAAAAAAAAGGGGGUUAGAAAACAUUGUCCCAAGUAAGGGUUUGUUUUAACAGUGAAAGGGACUCAAAUUUCAGGCAAUGCUUUUAGUUAUUACAUUCUAUUAAUUAACAUUUGGUUACAGUCAGUUAACCUAAUUUAAUGGUAUGGAAAUGUAUAUACACUGCUCAAAAAAAUAAAGGGAACACUAAAAUAACACAUCCUAGAUCUGAAUGAAUGAAAUAAUCUUAUUAAAUACUUUUUUCUUUACAUAGUUGAAUGUGCUGACAACAAAAUCACACAAAAAUGAUCAAUGGAAAUCAAAUGAAUCAACCCAUGGAGGUCUGGAUUUGGAGUCACCCUCAAAAUUAAAGUGGAAAACCACACUACAGGCUGAUCCAACUUUGAUGUAAUGUCCUUAAAACAAGUCAAAAUGAGGCUCAGUAGUGUGUGUGGCCUCCACGUGCCUGUAUGACCUCCCUACAACUUCUGGGCAUGCUCCUGAUGAGGUGGCGGAUGGUCUCCUGAGGGAUCUCCUCCCAGACCUGGACUAAAGCAUCCGCCAACUCCUGGACAGUCUGUGGUGCAACGUGGCGUUGGUGGAUGGAGCGAGACAUGAUGUCCCAGAUGUGUUCAAUUGGAUUCAGGUCUGGGGAACGGGCGGGCCAGUCCAUAGCAUCAAUGCCUUCCUCUUGCAGGAACUGCUGACACACUCCAGCCACAUGAGGUCUAGCAUUGUCUUGCAUUAGGAGGAACCCAGGGCCAACCGCACCAGCAUAUGGUCUCACAAGGGGUCUGAGGAUCUCAUCUCGGUACCUAAUGGCAGUCAGGCUACCUCUGGCGAGCACAUGGAGGGCUGUGCGGCCCCCAAAGAAAUGCCACCCCACACCAUGACUGACCCACCGCCAAACCGGUCAUGCUGGAGGAUGUUGCAGGCAGCAGAACAUUCUCCACGGCGUCUCCAGACUCUGUCACAUCUGUCACAUGUGCUCAGUGUGAACCUGCUUUCAUCUGUGAAGAGCACAGGGCACCAGUGGCGAAUUUGCCAAUCUUGGUGUUCUCUGGCAAAUGCCAAACGUCCUGCACGGUGUUGGGCUGUAAGCACAACCCCCACCUGUGGACGUUGGGCCCUCAUACCACCCUCAUGGAGUCUGUUUCUGACUGUUUGAGCAGACACAUGCACAUUUGUGGCCUGCUGGAGGUCAUUUUGCAGGGCUCUGGCAGUGCUCCUCCUACACCUCCUUGCACAAAGGUGGAGGUAGCAGUCCUGCUGCUGGGUUGUUGCCCUCCUACGGCCUCCUCCACGUCUCCUGAUGUACUGGCCUGUCUCCUGGUAGCGCCUCCAUGCUCUGGACACUACGCUGACAGACACAGUAAACCUUCUUGCCACAGCUCGCAUUGAUGUGCCAUCCUGGAUGAGCUGCACUACCUGAGCCACUUGUGUGGGUUGUAGACUCCGUCUCAUGCUACCACUAGAGUGAAAGCACCGCCAGCAUUCAAAAGUGACCAAAACAUCAGCCAGGAAGUAUAGGAACUGAGAAGUGGUCUGUGGUCACCACCUGCAAAACCAGUCCUUUAUUGGGGGUGUCUUGCUAAUUGCCUAUAAUUUCCACCUGUUGUCUAUUCCAUUUGCACAACAGCAUGUGAAAUGUAUUGUCAAUCAGUGUUGCUUCCUAAGUGGACAGUUUGAUUUCACAGAAGUGUGAUUGACUUGGAGUUACAUUGUGUUGUUUAAGUGUUCCCUUUAUUUUUUUGAGCAGUGUAUAUAUGAAUCUCUCUUCCCCUCUUAGCUCCAUGAUCGCCAGCACUUUGUGGAGAACAAUGACAUGUACUCGCUGCAGGAUUUGAUUGACAUCUCCAGUGGCAGACUCAGCUGCUCUCUCACAGAGAUCCACACUACCUUUGCCAAGCACAUCAAACUGGACUGUGACGUGAGUUUUAUAUACGGGACUUGUCUAAACGGUCUCUUGGACAAUAUGCCCAAUGGUUAGCUAAUGUAGUUCGUAAUAAACAAUGUUACUCAUCUCAUCUGAGCACAAAUGUGAGGAAGAAAGGGAAUCGUUCUGGGGAGAAAACCAAUGAAACAGAGCAGGCAGAUGUUUUACUGAAUCUGUAGAGACCUGUGAUACUGACCUGUGCCCUGUCUUUUGCCCUGUCUCCCUCCAGCGGUGCCAAGCCAAAGGCUUUGUGUGUGAGCUGUGUAAGGAGGGAGACAUCCUGUUCCCUUUUGACAGCCACACCACAGUGUGCCACGACUGCUCUGCUGUCUUCCACAGGUCAGUCCCCUAGUCCGCUAUAUGCAGACACCAGAGGAGGCUGGUGGGAGGAGCUAUAGGAGGACUAGUUCAUGGUAAUGGCUGAAAUGGGACGGUAUCAAAUAUAUGGAAACCACAUCUUCGACUCUGUUGCAUUUAUUCCAUUUCAGCCAUUACAAUGAGCCCGUCCUCCUAUAGCUCCUCCCACCAGCCUCCGCUGGCAGACACGUUUAUCAAACAUAUGUAGUGUUUAUGUGUAAAAUCAAUGAUUGGUUGACACUUGGCUAUUUCCUGUGUGCUGUUUCUCUUUAGGGACUGUUUCUAUGACAAUUCCACAACUUGCCCAAAAUGUGCCCGGAUGACCGAGCGCAAGCACGACGAACCGCCGGAUCUGAAAGACACGUAGCCCUGUCGAUCCAAUCCUGUCACUGUGACUGACAACCUGUGGGAGUGGCCAUGGCACUUUUUCUUAUGUUGCGGACCAUCAAGACAUUAUUCUGACACAAACAUGACUAGCUUUCCCUCUUGCGCUCUCUCUCUGUCUUUGUUGUUUUGUGGGGAUGUUUUUAAGUGUCUUUGUUCCAGUUCAGUGGACUACGGAAGAUGGUAGCAGGAUAUUAGAGUUUUAUAUGAUACGGUGAUGAAGUGUGAUACUCUGAGACUGGCUGCAUUGUAUAGCCCACAGAAACACACUCUGAGCACUAAGCCAAUGUUGUACAGUAUGUGUGUGACUAUGUGUUACUGUGUGUGAGAGUACUGUAUAGGCAUCAUGUUGCAUGCAUGAAUUGUAAUGCGAGUCACAUAACGGUCUUUACCUCUUAACAAUCUAAUAUCUUUAACUACCCUGAAGUAGGUGUUAAAUUCCAAAUUCUUCUUAACAAAUCAAUUUAACAAAACUACUAUUCACCUCCAGGCCUUAACUGACAUCGAUAACAAGAGCCAGUUAUUUUUAGUGAGGUUAUGACAUAGCUCUUCAAAACGACCUCCUUAUGAGCAUGAGGUAUGUCACCCCCCUGUUGUGAAACGAGGCGUUACGUGAUGGACAAUGACACUAAAAUUGGUUUUUAUUGUUUAUUUGUUUGAACAUAAAAUGAUCUGCCUGAAACACUUGAGGAGAGAACUUGUGGUUUGUAUGUUAUGUCCUAGGGAGCUUUUAAUGCGGUACCUUUUUACAGUAGAAUUAUUGGGCAGUCAUGUAAGCAAUGUCAAGGGUAAAGUGAAGGAGAGCUCAUUAUGAUGCACUGAUUAACCAUAUCUUAAGUUGACAUAUUGUGUGCCGAAAUGUUUGGAUUUAUAAUUGAACACUGUACAUUUACCCAUUGAUCAAGUAAUCUAUUUACAGUAUUUUUUGUUUUUUUUGCAGCCCGCCUCAAAGUAUAGCACAUUAUUUUCAGAGAUGAGAAAGCUGGCGAAUGAUACCUCGGGACACAUGAGCAUGUAAAUGUUGAUGUUGACAAAAAAUUAUUUGUUUUAAAAUAAUGAAUGUUUGGCUGUGUUAUGUUUUUCUCUACAUAAUGAUCUUGAUAACAUGCAAAUGUAAUGUGCCAUGUGUUAGUUAAAAUCCAGAUAUAGACAUGAAUUGUAAGAUCAUGUGAAGUUAAGCAUGAAUAAUGUAUUAAUAAAUUCUAUGUUGUGAAGAGUGUUUUAUAAGCUGACACUGUGGCAGCCUUUGCCAAUGUAGCCCUCUGCUCCAGGCCGGUGACAGAGGCUACUGAAUGUUGUUUUGAACAGUGUAGAAACAGUAAACUGUAUUUUGAAAAAA